AUGGCAGAUAAGUUCGUCACCGCCCAUGCAGGAGAGAAAAAGGCCGAAGCUAGGGUCAACGAUAUCUUCACCGUCAAGCAAACGACGGGCGAGGGACUUCGGGAUUUCUUGGCCCGAUUCAACAGAAAACGGAUCAAAGGCGACCAAAAAACUGCUCAGCAGACUGAUGAAGUACCUCCUACCAUAUGGGAAGAAAUCCACAACGCCUACUACGCCGAGGUAAGGACAGAUGAAGACGAGUUGAACAGGCCGCUUCAGCGACUAACAUUGGUUCAGACCGAAACAAGGAUAGAUCGACAUAACAAUGGACGAAGAGAUCAACCACCACAUUUCAACCGGGAAAGGCAUCAGCCCUAUAUCCGUACAUCCAACCCGCCCCCUCCACGACACGCGGAUGUCGUACCACGGCAUACUGCACCCCUCCGAAGAGAAAGAGAGAUAGUGUACGCACUGGAGAAGCUUGACACGAAGGUACAGUGGCCGCAAAAAAUGAAAUCGGACCCAAGCACUAGGAGGUCCAACAUCCUCUGCGAAUUCCACCAAGAAAGAGGACAUAAGACCGAGGAUUGCAUAGAUCUACGGCAAGAAGUAGUUAGGAUGUUGAACCAAGGGUACCUGAAAGAACUGUUGAGCGAUAAGGGAAGAGCCAACUUCGCUCGAGGACGCGACCCAUAUCAAGGACCUCCAAAGCCACCAUAG